UUUAACUCCCUUUUACUAUUAGAUCAAUUUAGACGGAGACAAACUGAGCAUCAGCCAUCAGUGGUAAAAUGCCCUGCACCGCGCCACGGCCACUUCUUGGCUUUUCUACAACACCUGCCUGUCACUAUACGCCUCAAGGGGUCUGGAUAAUUCCUUUCUAUCCAUCAUCAACUGUGAUGUUUGGUGCGAGCACAGAAGCGAAAGACGUCAUGCUCCAAAUACUCGCAGUUGGAUUUUACAUAUAGCUUUACAUAAAUUUAACGACAAUUUUCUCUUUGUUUGUACGACCGGAAAUUUGUGGUUUUGCAUGUGUUGUUUACUGCAUGCAGUUCCAUGCAUUGCCCGACAAUAUAUGAUGUGAUACAUCGAGAAUUCUUUUCACAUUUUCUAUUGCUACAACUGACAUAUAGAAAGAGUGACGUGACUGUAAUCGUAAUCAACAAGCUAUACCUUUUGCUAGCAGUAUAUAUGGACAAAAUGUGCAAGUGUCACCGAAUCACAGCGUUUCUUUCAAAACACUUUCUUCCAGUCGGAACAUUAUUUAUCAUUCCUCUUGGAAUUUGCUUUCCAAUUCCCGCGUAUACCUCAACAGCAAACUUCCCGUGGUACAGAUGUGUAUUGUCACAUUGUUUUUCGUCAUCGGAGCGAAAUUUCGUUUAACAGAGAUUCGAUCUGCGCUCCGUUGUUUUAAGGAGACGCUUUUAGGGAUAAUCGUUGUUCUGUUUGUCACUCCGGUUGUUGGAACCAAGUUAUUGACGUUGCCUAGUUUCCGAGAUUUCGCCCAGUCUGGUUUGAAAGCAAAUGAGACAUUGAACAACAGCUGGUCAAUACAAUUACCAGAUCUUGGUCCGGAGGAAUUUCGAAUUGGUCUACAGAUAUUUUGUGUCUCUCCAUGCGCAUCUGCUUUUCCAACGGUUGUGGUGACAGAAGCAAAUGGGGACCGAGCAUUGACAUUACUGAUUGCAAUAAUUGCCACCGUCAUAUCAGUCUUUACAGUUCCAGUCAUGACAACAUGGUUAAUACCAGCAUUUCAGACCGCCAGUGUCAGUUUUCUCACUAUAUUACCUGGAGUGGUUUUGUACAUUCUUUUACCUUUGAUUGUUGGGCGACUUUUGAGGUUUAUUAAAUGGGUAAAAGAUAUUGUUCAAAAGUUAAAUACGUAUCUGAAAUUCGUCACCUCUGGGGCUCUCCUUGUUAUGUUUUGGGUUAAAAUUAGCCAAGCUACAGCGAAAGGCGACCUUCGAAAAUUCUCACCUUGGAUGAUUGUGGCUGUAACUGCUCUUGGUACGGCUGUCAUCACGUCGUUUCUGGUGAUGUCUUUCAUAUUUGCAUCCCUGUUACGCCUGUCCAAGAAGUCAAUACUGUCUGUCACGGUUCUUUCUUCGGCAAGACAUUCAAGUAUAGCCAUUGCUGUUAUUGAGAACAUACCCGAAAAUGUUGGGGACAAAGAUCUUAUGUUUUUCCCGAUAAUAUUUGUGUAUUUAACCAUGGUUGUCAUAAUCAAUAGUUUUGGUGCGUUUAUGACGAUCCAGAAAGAGGAGGCUGACAUUGAUAUCCUUGAGGAGAAACCUUUGAAUAAUAAUGAUGAAGUUAAAGAAAUCGACAAAAGAAAAAAGAAUAACAUAGUCCUUUUGUUGGAACCAUUAGAGACGAAGUUGAUUCGUAGUGGGAAAAAAUUUCCAGUGUCUCUAACAAGGAUGUCGUUACGUUGCCAUUAA